ACACCAUUGACUCUUCUCUGUCACCACAAAAACCAAAUCGGACAAACCCUAACCUAAACCCCAAAAAGACGAUCACAAUCUCAAUCAAGAGAAACAAUGGUGUGUAUACGUAAGGCUACCGUAGAUGACUUACUUGCAAUGCAAGCUUGCAACUUGUUCUGUCUGCCGGAGAACUACCAGAUGAAGUAUUACUUUUACCACAUCCUUUCGUGGCCGCAGCUCCUCUACGUGGCCGAAGACUACAACGGACGUAUUGUUGGUUACGUGUUGGCCAAGAUGGAAGAAGAAAGCAAUGAGUGCCAUGGCCAUAUUACGUCACUCGCCGUGCUUCGUACGCAUCGCAAACUGGGAUUGGCUACCAAGCUCAUGAGCGCUGCCCAGAAUGCCAUGGAACAGGUGUUUGGAGCUGAGUAUGUGUCACUACAUGUCAGGAAGAGUAAUAGGGCAGCGUUUAAUUUGUACACAGAAACUUUAGGUUAUAAAAUUCAUGAUGUGGAGGCAAAGUACUAUGCUGAUGGGGAGGAUGCUUAUGAUAUGCGAAAGCAGCUAAAGGGAAAGCAGACUCAUCACCAUGCGCAGCAACAGCAUCACCACCAUCACCACCAUCACCAUCAUCAUCAUCAUCACCAUGGUGGUGGGUGUUGUUCUGGUGAGGUAAAAAGUGCAGAUGCAAGGAGUGUUGAGGCAAGAGGAGACUCAAAAUCAGAUUCGAAAGCCAGCACGAAAUCAGAUUCAAGAAAUGGGUGAUGACUGGAGGUAAAGUUAGUAUUUGGAGAAAUGGGAGCUAUGGUUUUUCUCAUCGUGUUUGUUAAAACAUUAUUGGUGGUAUUGAAUAUUUAUAAUGUGUUUCGUAAUAAUACACUGGACAAGGAGUCACGUGGUUAUUUCUGUUUACUACUCAUAUCGAAUUACUGUCCUGAAGGUAGCUAUUAAAUGGUAUCUAUACUUCCUGUGUUGUUUUUUGUGCAUAUUAUUAUUUAACGGUUCAUUGAUGGCCA